AUGGAAAACCCGAAGCAUGCUUUCGAGCUUACAAAGGCAGAGCUUCCUCGCAGGCACGCCGCGAUCAAUGGUCUUCCACCAGAGCUCAUUGCUUUAAUCAUAAAAUAUUUCUCUGACGACAAAGACGCGCUCAGGCGUUGUGCCCUCAUUGGACCUGCGUGGGUUACGCCCUGUCGACUUCAUCUCUUCCGAAGCGUCCAACUUGGCCCACGCCAUUUUGGCGAAGACAGAGAAAGCACGUUCGGCAUCUUCGCUGCUAUUCCAAGUCUCCAAUGGAGCGUCGUCUCGCUCACUAUCAACUCUGGUAAACCCCGUGGCAAGGACAGCUUCCCUCCCCGGCUCGCAAUCGACCCCGAGUUCUUCGUCGCGCUGCUGCUGAAGAUGCCCCGCCUGCACACCAUCAUCCUCGAACGAUGCGCAGUGGAACCCAAGGCAGACAUGGCAUCGACGCUGCUGCCACACUGCUGGGAUCACCCGCGCCUUCGCCUGCUGCGCAUCACUCCGAGCUACCAGGCCUCAUACAUCAUCGACAUUUUCCGGACAGCGGUCUUCUUUCGCCGUGUUCACAUCGAUGUUCUCGAGCUUCGAAGACAGUACGACGCAACGGGAUACAGCAGAUCGAUGCAAGAGCGGUACGUAGCCGAGCGACAGUACGAGAUCCUGCGCGGAUGGCGCGUCAAGACCGUCUACCCGAACGAUUCGCUCUGGAAGGGAUAUCCAGCCUCCAGCGUCCCAGUGCGCGAACUAAGAACUCUUUUCACGGGACUAGUCGAUGCUGGUGUUACAGACACUCUGCAACUCAACCACUGGGGCAUCUCAUUCCUGAGUUUGUUUUGGAAUGGUCCCCGGAGGCUAGCUGUGAAGCAUCUCAAGCUCGAGAUAAUUGGUCGUUCCUACUGGGUUCAGCCAGAUAAUUGGUCUUUGUACGCUCGAUGCGCCGACGUGCAAUCAGUCACUUUGGUCUUCAACACGCAGGCCCUCCUCGAGCGUUUCUCUCGGGUUCUGUUAGAUAUUGCACUACCCAGCCUCCCACGUUCCAUACGUGCUAUCGGCUUCGAGAUACACCUGGACUCGACAUGCUAUGCUGCGCCGCACGUGUUGCUGACUUGGUGGGACAGCAAGAUGCAAUGGGUCCAGUUGGCGCAGGCACUUGAGCACUUUACAACCCUCGGAACGGUGCAUUUUGGUGUCAUCACAUCUGAGGAUGUCGGACGGCAGCUAUCUGCGGACUUGAACCACGAGAUGGAGGCCAUUGUUAGGAAGCGGAUGCCGGGAAUGUUCGCAAAGGGAAUAUUUCAAUUUCAUAAGGGCCAUUAA